ACAACAUUUUCUACCUUGUGCUACAUUUUUGCAAGCUAAAAAUCAAUUCAAAAUCUUCUGUAUUAUAGCUUUUUAUAAUUAUCAAACGUGAUUGCCAUAAACAUCUUUUCCCCAUUGCCUUCACAGACGUAUGUCUCUUUUACCCUUUGCAAACAUCUAAAAAGAGUUUCAAACAAAGGCGUCCGAUGGACCAAGAACAGCCAUGCAAAAUACCUGGACUUUCUCUAAUUUACAAUGAAGAAUCUCCCAAGCAGGAAAGCGUAUCGGAGGCGCCAUCCAUAAAUGAGAAUUUGCAGAACCAAAGAAAUUCUUCCCCUGAAGAAAACAACGGACUCCCCAAAGAGGAUGGGUCUGUAAAACUAAAUUCAAAUGAACUUGGAAUAACCCAUGAAUCCUCUUCGCCUGAAAUAACUGUCAAAGAUGUUUCUACACAACAAAAAUUUGAUGGAGAUUCAGUUUCCAAGGUAGAAGAAUCUGAAAAUCGAACAACAGAACAAUCAGUGCCUUCAAUGGAUGUUUUAGAUCUUGCACUUGCAAAUCCUGCAUCUUCUGUUGUUCCUUCGACUACAAAGCCGGUUUAUGUUGACAAUUCCCUCAGCACAGUUGAACCUUCUACUAUUCCUACCCAGCCAUCUGAAGGGAAGGCGGUACAGCAAACAGAAAGUGAAGAAACCCCCAAAUCUGUUGCGUCUGACUCAAGCUCCGACUCAGACUCUGAUUCUUCACUGGAAAGCUCUUCUGAGUCUGAGUCGGAUUCUGACAGUGAUAGUACUUCUAGUUUGUCUGAAGUAGAGGAACCUGAAAAGGUAGAAGUGGAGCAUGAAUCAGAGGCCACACCUCCUAAAACUAUUCAUGAAUUGCCUGAGGAAGUGUACGAGCGGCCAACAAUUGAGCUGGGACCCGAUUCUCCAAUUGAACCUUUGGGACAAGUAUUACAGGUUUUAAAAAAGGAAAUAGUUAUUCAAAGUGACGUGCAAAAUGAAGAGCUUAUUUUCGAUGAGAAAACAGUUCUCUGCUUUGAGGAUAAGACAAUCGUUGGAUAUAUCCAUGAAACUUUUGGGCCUGUUUCUUCCCCUUUUUAUGUUGUAAGGUUUACAAAUGAAGAUGAAUGUGCAUCUAUCAAUCCUUCUGUUGGCAAAAAGGUGUUUUAUGUUCCUACAAUGGCGAAUCGACUUGAUCCAGAACCGUUAAAAUAUAUCAAGGGAAGUGAUGCUAGUAACGUAUAUGAUGAAGAAAUCAACCCCUCAGAACAAGAAUUCUCAGAUGAUGAAGCGGAAGCUGCUGCUAAACAAAGCAAACGUAAAAAGAAAAGAAAGACAAAAUCCACUUCUCAGCCUUCAAUGGUUGAAGCCGAAGUUUCUCGUUCGCCAAUACCAAGAGCAACCUCGGUAUAUGCUUCACAAACAUCAGUUCCUUCUCCUGUUUCUUCUCUUCCUCCUCGCAUGCCACAUACAGCGAGUGCUCCAUACAACUUCUAUCCCGUUCAUCCUGGUUACAUGAUGCCACCCCCUCCAGUUCCGCUCUCCAACUAUGGUCUCCCUAUGCCUGAUGCUGCUUCUUUUCCUCAACCUAGAGAAUAUGCUAGAUCGAGCAUGGCACCCCAAUUUCAGGCGCCUCAAAUGGGCAAUUCGGCAGUACCGCCUUCUAAUUUCCCUAUGUCACCAUAUCCAGCAACUUCUCAACCGGGACAAAUUAAGCCGAUGCCAUUUCCUCGAAGAGAUUGGGGAUAAUAAAAGCAAAAGAGCAGUUUUUUACUUAUCUUAUAUUACGUUCGGAAUACUUGGAAUUUCAUUAUACAAAGUAUUGGAUUUUUGGUUAUUAUACCGCCUAAAUUAUCAAGUUUCUCUGGUUGUAAGACGGAACGUUGCAUUUCUGUCUUUUUUUGGUUUUCUUUUAAUUUCAUAUGGAUUUCUUGGGUAAUAACAUUGUGGGUAAUGAAUAAAAAAUAUAUUAUUGUGGAA